AGUCCACUGCAUCUUUCUACCAUGUCGAUCAUCUUCAGAUCGUGAAGCCGCGCCCAUCACUGCUUCUUGACCAACAAUCGGCUUCCAAUAUGAUCACUGGAAGGGGAGGACCUGCUGCUCGUGGAGGGCGCAUUCGUCCCCCGCGAAGGGCUGGUUUCAACCAUAAGAACGAUGACUUCGACCAAAACUGGAUCCCGCUCGAGUCGGCCCUGCGCGAUAUCCACCUGAGAAAUGCGAGCGGUCUCGCCUUCGAGCAGCUAUACCGGCAUGCUUACAAAAUUGUCCUCAAGAAGGCUGGUGAGCGCCUGUACGACAAAGUCAAGGACUUCGAGGAGUUGUGGUUCCGCAAGGAGGUUAUUCCCCCGAUUUUCGCCCUUGUCACCAAGAAUCUUAUCAGCGUUACCCUCGACGAUGUCCCCGGCACCAGUGUUGUAGAGCGACGCGCUAUGGGCGAGAAGUUCCUGAAGGCAAUCAGGGAGUCGUGGGAGCGACACAACAUGUCAAUGAAUAUGAUCGCCGAUAUUUUGAUGUACCUGGAUCGCGGCUAUUCACAGGAUCACAGUAGACCAUCUAUCUUCGCCGCCACAAUCGGCUUGUUCCGCGACCACAUUCUGCGAACCACACUCCCACAAGGUUGUCAAGUCUUCGAUAUCUUCAAUGCCACCAUUCUAGAUCAGAUCAACAUGGAGCGAGAAGGCGAUGUCAUCGACAAGGCUUUACUGCGCAGCUGUAUCAGUAUGCUGGAGAUGCUUCACGAGACAGACGAGGAGAAUGAAAAUGAGAAGCUCUACCUCACGCAGUUCGAGCCCGUCUACAUCCGUUCCAGUCAUACCUUCUACAGGAAUGAGUGCGAAAAACUCUUGCGCGAGUCAGAUGCGAGCUCCUGGCUCCGGUAUACUCAGCGACGCCUGCGGGAAGAGAGUGCUCGGUGCCAAACUACCAUAUCCCUGAUGACUCAGGAUGGCAUCGCCAAAGUCCUCGAGAAGGAACUCAUCAAUAGUCACCUCGAGGACUUUAUGAACCUGGACGGCAGUGGUAUCCGGGCCAUGAUAGAUAACGACCGCAUCGAAGAUCUCAAGAUAUUGUACCAAUUGGUUUCUAGGGUUGACCCGAAGAAAGUGGCACUUAGGAAUGCUCUGUCAGCCCGCGUUGUCGACUUGGGACUCGAAAUUGAGAAGAUCUUGAGGAGCACCGACUUCUCUGUGCCCCAGACAGCUGACGAAGAGCCAACUGCUGACGGCACUGAGAAGCCCAAGCAAAAGUCCUUGAAUGCUGCCGCGCAGCAAACUGCCGCUGCUAUUAAGUGGGUCGACGAUGUUUUGGUUCUCAAGGAUCGUUUUGAUUGCCUAUGGAAAUCCUGUUUUGCCGAGGACCUCAUUUUACAGACAGCUCUCACCAAGAGCUUUGCCGACUUCAUUAACGCGUUCGAUCGGAGUUCAGAGUACGUCUCGCUCUUCAUCGAUGACGCCCUGAGACGCGGCAUCAAGGGUUUGACGGAAACCGAGGUUGAUGUGGUGCUUGAGAAGGCUAUUACCCUGCUGCGCUAUCUCAACGAAAAGGACAAGUUCGAGCUCUAUUAUCAGAAGCACUUGGCCCGCCGUCUGCUUCAACAGAAGUCGGAGAGUCAGGAAGUAGAGACGGAGAUGAUAUCUCGCAUGAAGCGCGAGCUUGGCAACAAUUUCACCCACAAGUUCGAGGGCAUGUUCAAGGAUAUCAACCUAUCCAAAGACAUGUCCGAGGAAUACCGCAAGUUCGUGCGUGGCCUUGGCGACGCCAAUGACAAACAAAUCGAACUUGCCAUUCACGUCCUUGGUGGCAACAACUGGCCCAAGGAGAUCAUGGGCCGGCAGAAUGGCCUAGGCGGUCAAAGCCGCCUUGAUGCCAACUUUCCACCCGAGAUCAAGAGCCUUCAAGAUAGCUUCUAUAAGUUCUACUCCAAGGAUCGCACCGGUCGCAAGCUGAAUUGGAUCAGUAGUGCUGGAUCGGCCGACAUCAAGUGCACCUUCCCCAAGAUUCCUGGCAAGACGUCCGGUCCUCUUAGCAAAGAGCGCCGAUAUGAAGUCAAUGUCACGACCUAUGGCAUGAUUGUCCUCCUGCUUUUCAACGAGCUAGGCGAGGACGAAUGGCUGUCGCUUGACGAGGUUCAAGCACAGACGAACAUCCCCCAAAACGAUCUCAUUAACGUCAUGACAUCCCUCUCGGUCAUCAAGGCGAGCAAGGUCCUCAUCAAAGACCCGCCGACCAAAGCUAUCGCCAAGCCAGGCGACCGGUUCGCCUUCAACCGUGAAUUUGUCAGCAAGGCGAUCAAGAUCAAGAUGCCUUCUGUCAACGCAGCUAACCGGGUCGAGAACGAUGAAGAGCGCAAAGAGACCAACGACAAGAACCUAGAUACGCGGAAGUACAUCGUCGAUGCUGCUGUCGUACGUAUUAUGAAGCAACGCAAGGAACUACCGCACGCUCAGCUGAUCACUGAGGUUAUUCAGCAACUGACUAGCCACUUCAAGCCUGAGGUCGCGCUCAUCAAGCAUCGGAUCGAGGACUUGAUCGGUAGAGAGUACCUUGAACGAGCUGAGUUGAACGACGGCGUGCCCGCCUACCGCUACAUGGCAUAGUCCCGUCGUGGCAACACCUGAGUAGCCUGUUCGCAUACCCAUCUCGUCUUUGGUGUGUCACUGAGUGUGCAGGUUUUCACUCGGUGUCUCUGUGUUUUACGAUGAGACGAAUUGAAAGUGUCGACGACCAUGACGGACGGAGUAAAAGCUCAUCCCUGUAUCCU